UCACAGAGUAAUUCGAGGGCUAUUAAGUGCAUUAUCGAGCGUUGCGGAACAAACAUCAACAGAACGAGGUCCUCCCCUCGUCGGUCGUUCCGCCGCGAUCGAGACGAGGCGAGAGCGUGCAAAAUUGGACGAGGCGGUGAGUGCGAAGAGUCUGGCCACAGGUUGGACAGCGGCUCCCCGUUUUGGAGGAUACAACUUGAUCAGGACCUUCUGGAUACCAUCAGCGCGAUCUAUCCGGAGUGGUUCAAGGAUUACACUAACAGUCGAGCAGCGUCGACGUCGUCCCCCACGUCAUCGAGCGCUUCCGGCGCGCAAUCCUGCAGCGACAGCGCCGCCGUGGUCGUCGUCGCCGAACGCGGUGGUGAGCACAAGGUCGCCAAGGGCGACGCCAAGUCCAAGUCCAAGGCGAAAAAAGCGGACGGCCAUAAGGAUAAGGACCGGGACAGGAAGGACCCUAGGCGCGACGCCAAGGACGAGAGGGACGCUGGAAACGGUAAGAAAGGAACGAAGCCCUCGCCGCAGCAGGAUAAAGCAGCGGCGGACGCGGCAGGAAGGAAGACCGCGAGUGCUGUUCCAGGAUCGGAAUCGAAGAUGGCCGAGGGCAAUCAGUCGCCGCCAAAGGCGGAGGUCGACGAUUCACCCCUCCAGCACGCCAUGGAUCGUAACAAAGAAUCGUUGAAGGUGAAGCUCAUGCUGAGGCGACCCAUCAAUCAGCUGGUUGCGCAAGGCAUCAUGCCACCGUUGAAGACGCCACCGGCGUUUCACGAGCAACGGAAGCAGCUGGAGCGGGCGAAGACGGGCGAUCUGCUGAAGGCGAAGAUUCAGCAGAGACCAGGCAGGGAUGAGCUGGUCCGGCAGCACAUCCUCGAGGAUGUGGGUCACGUGGAUCCGAGCCUGGCUGAGCGGCAGCGAAUGCUGAAGAAGGCCAGGCUAGCCGAUCAGCUCAACGACCAGCUCAGUCAUCGACCUGGACCGCUCGAGCUCAUCCAGAAGAACAUCCUUCAUACUGAAGAGCCCAUCGAGAGGGCGGUCAAAGAGGGUCACAUUCCCUUCAAGGCCACCUGCGAGGGACAGGUGACGAAACCCCAGCACCCGGAUCACUACAUCACUUUCGAGGAUGACUCCCAGAGCUCGGAGGGUGCGCCUUCACCGCAGUUGGAGUCGCGACCAUCGGACGUUCUGGAGACCGCGGCGGCCUCCGCGGGCAUCGUCACGGUCUCCCUCAGCAUACCGACAACCGGCGGUGCCGUUGUGGUCUCCUCGACAUCCCCCGUCUUCCAGCAGACGGAACCGACGAUACAGACGUUCGCCGAACUGUGCAAUACCGUUGUAGGCACGCAGCAGCAGCAGCAGCAGCAGCAGCAAAGUCAGCAGCAAGCUCAACAGGGCCAGCAACACACAUCUACGCAGGCGAGCCAAACGACGAAUGGCCCGUCGACGACCCUCCUACCAUUGGCGCCGGCGCCGAGCCCGAUGUCCCUGGGCUCAACGACGUCCAGUCUGAGCCCCCUGUCCAACAUCUCGAUAGCGUCGCCCCCGGCGCCGCCGCCCGCGGCGAUCACCCCGCGGCCGCAACCGAGCCCGAUAGCCGCCGCCGCCGCUACCACGUGCCAAAGGAGCGACGCCCCCGGGAAGGACAAGAACAGAAAGAAGUCGAAGACCAAGAGCCAGCCCAAGACCCGCACGAUCAAGUUCCACGAGUAUAAAGGACCGCCAAACGCGCAGAAAACGCCGGUGUCUAGUACUUCCGGUCUCGGCGCCACGCAGCCCGGUGAGACCAGCUACGAGCUGCUCCUGCAGCAGCAACAGCUGUUUCUCCAAUGGCAGCUCGAGUGGCAGCACAAGUAUCCACAAAUCAUCUUGCCGGCCGCGCAGAAACCGCUAUCGCUCACAAGUAGCGGCGCGAGCGAUGCUGGUAGCGUGAGCGGAAGUAGCGCAAACGUCGCCAGCCCGGCUCCGUCGAAUUCUUCGAACAAUCCCUCGGAACAGCCCCCGUUGAGGCCUUUGGGCAAACUGGAAGAUAUGAAAGUGAGCGACCUCAAGGUGGAACUGAAACGACGGAAUCUGCCGGUGUCGGGCUCGAAGCCGCAGCUGAUCGAGCGACUGAAGCCCUUCACGGAGUCGUCCAGUAACAACACGACUUCCAAUUCUAAUGGACCACACGUGACGCACAUGGGCCACAUUUUGAUGGAUACGCCUGGCCCGAUGGCGACGGAUGACUCUAGCUCUCAGGCCAGGAGCCCGAGCGCUAUCGUGAAGGAAGAGCCGAACAGCCCGCGAACGGCCUCGCCCCACAGUAGCGAGCACGACGAUCCGUUGAGUCCGCCAGGAGAUGAUAUCAUCAAGGUGCAGAGGAAACGAAUAGAGGAGUUACAACGCGAGCUAUACAAGUCGCAGCAACAGCUCCAGCAGAUCCGCCAGACUCAGCCGGCCACGGUGCGCGCUGAGAAGCUGGCACUCCAGCAACAUUUACACAAUAAAAUGCAACAGCAACAACUGGCUCUGCACUUGCAGCAGCUUCAGCACUUACAGCAGCAGCAGCAGCAGCAGCAGCAACAGCAACAGAAUCAACAGCAGACACAACAACAAGCUACAAUUCAACAAUUCAAUGCGAAGGCGAGUCUCGCGGCCUUCCUGCAAGCGCAACCAAACAAUACGACCGCCAUACUCGACUCCGCGACUCUGACCGCGAUUAACAACAAGAAAAAUCAGUCCAAGAACAGUACUACUGUUCAAAUACCCACGGCUAUCGUUCUGAAUCUAGCGAAGCCGGCCAAAUUGAAUGGCUCGCUGCUCGGUGCUCUUGUGGCGCAGGCGCAGGUUCAACAGCAGCAACAGCAGCAGCAACAGCAAACAACUGUUACUACUACUGAAGACAUCAAACCGCCGCCACCGCAGUAUGAUGAAGCUGCUAAGUUGCUGAAGGUCAAGAUCGAACCGGUUCAGAAGAGUCACAUAAAGAGUCAAGUAGUUGAUGACGUACUGGAGAUCCUCAUCAAGAAUGGUGAACUACCGCCAAGUGCCGCACAAGAUCCAGCCACUCCGACAACUCCAAAUCGCCAACUACAGCAGAAUCUGGUCUUUACCGCGCCGGCAGACAGUCCAACUCAGUCGCUAGUCUUCACGGCCGCCAGUCCGAUGAGUCCGAUCAGUCCGAUACCAAUGGAGGUGUCUCAAAGCGGUUGUUCGAGCCCAUCAACGCCAGCACCACCGCCACCGCCGCCAUUGCCGUUAACUGCGUUCUCCAUUCAGUUACCCCACUCGAUGCAACAGCUACAACAGUCGGAUGAAAUUACCCCCUUCAGCACGGAUCUCCUCACAUCCGAGGCCGAGCUGGAUGCCGCGAUGUUGCUGAGUCCUCAAUCGAUGCAACAAGCUUCUCCAGACCCGCAACCGCCACAAGAAGUGACUUCUUCGGACAAUGCAAAUUUGGAUCUUAAAGAAUUAGGGUUGGACCUGGAAACGUUGGACCCAAUGGACUUCGGUCAACUAGACUGCGACAUGCCGAUGGAUAUGGACGAUCCCGAUUGGCUGGAUUCCCUGAUGCCGCAAUCGCCACCACCUUCCGCGAUACUGUCAUCGUCCAAUCAUCAAUGCACCCCUCCGUCAAUCAGCCUCUCAUCCACCACGGAUAUCUACGACCCGCUAUUAGGCAGCAGUCAGUACUCAUUUGAUCUCUUUAACAUGGAGGACUCUGACUUCAAGAUGUCGUCCGAUUUAUCUCCGAUGACCUGGGACAAGGUAGACUUUGCGACCUAGCCCGAGGUAUUUUCUUGCAAUCCGGCGUUAUGUACUUAAUCCUCGGCAGGUAAUCAAAAAUAUAAUUCGACAAAGAAACGCGGACAGUAAGACCAUCGCCACUUGGUCGGGUUUGUCCAAUGCAUUUUAUACAAGACGUUUCGUGACAUCCUUGCACCUGAUGCAUCUUGUAAUUGAUAUUAUAUCAAAUGUGUACUUAUACGCGCGCGCCAAGACGACAAUGUUGGUUCGGAAAGCAUACUAUGUAUUUAGAACAUACAUAAUCGCGCACGAUCGUUAUCGUAAUUAACAAUUAAGAACGAAAAGGCUGUCGAAUUAUGGACCAGUGACACGCGUGUCAUCUUUCGGUCUUCUUUGAUCAAUGAACGCUAACACAUGUCAUUCUUUUAAUCGAUGUAAUCGAUUGUUGCAUCCAAAAAGUAAUAUGCAUCUCGUCGUACGAAUUCAAAUCCGAAAUAGCGAUGUGUCGCGUGAGGACGCGGCCGUGUAUAAAACGGAUAAGGACUUGUAAUUCCGGGACCGAAAUCAACUUUCAAAAUUCUUCAAAGAGUCAGCUUACGACAGGUUUUAUAAGCUAGUUUUUACUGUCCAGUCGUGUGUUGCUUGAGUUUUAAUAACUGUGAGAAAUAGCGUGUGUGACAAAACGAGGAGACGAGAAGCAUUGCGUAUAUGAUCCUCCCCCCCCCCCCCCGGAUAAUCCCCUCUUUCCAAAUGCCUGCCCCUCUCCCUCAAACGUAAUUAAUCGUAACAUAACUGCAUAAUUAUACUCACAGAACCUAAUAUAACGAUAAUUACUGUAAAGAUAUACAUACGUACACAUAUGUAAAAUAUACUUCUAUACGUGCGCCUGACGUCUGCGAGUCGUGUAACGUGUUCGUAUACGCGAGUUCGGGGGCCUUCCAGCGCAGCUAUACAUAUUUUCUAAGCCACAGAGCAUGUGAUGUUAGGAAUUAUUGCGUAUUUUAAUCGAUAAUCAUUAUAAUAGCGGUGAAAUUCGUAGGAACGGCUGCGCGCGCGAGCGAGUUGCACGAUUGCCACCGGGAUCGGUUGCCACGGGCGCGGUCCUUCGAUCUUUCCACCGCGACUAGUAAUCUUUUUGUUGUUUUGUGACAUUCCAUGUUUCCAAACUGUACGAACCAGGGGAGAUCGAGGCCACGCGUGUCGCGAGCCGCAACCAUUACGCAUAUCGCACGAUCGGGCGAUCGCUACGCGAAUCGAAGGAUCCCGUCUCGGAACGUCGUGCCAGGUUGCGAGAGUUGCCUUGCGCGUUGACACGCGUCGCCCUGCACUGUUCCGAGACGCUCCUCGGAGACCAAGCGGCUUCGGACUUUGACGUAACGACGAAGGACCGCGCUACCGAGCUCGGUAACAAGAGCAAAAGUGUGUGUGUGCGUGUUCGUGUAUGUAUGUAUGUAUGCAAGUUCUUAAGAGUAUCUUAAAGAGCGCGAAUGUUUGCCUGAGAAAGGGAGCCUCAAAUUAAUUGUGACGAAAUUAAAUUAUUACAUUAUGAUAGUAAAUUUCUGAUAAAUGGAUCUCUGGAUAACAGUUUCGCAAAAAUACUUUCAGAAGAUACAUAAAAAGUAUCUGAACAUCAUGUAUAUUUCUAAUUUUCAAAUACUUUUUAUCGAAAAAUUUGUAUUAGUUGCAAUUCUUUUUAAUCGAUGUUCCUGAAAUGUAACAAGUAAUGCACGGAAGUAAGAAUACCGUUUGUUGAAAUUACAAGCAAUCUAAGGUUCCCUUAUAUGAACGCGUGUGAUACGUGUCAACGUUUAUGAACAGCGAUGGUGCUAAUCGAAACCCCAAUACGCAGCGACCCGUUUUUCUAUAGAAACGUCGCGGUUACUUUGAUUUCUUUCUCUUUUUUUCCCCAUCUGUAACAGUGCCGCAACGUUCCGAAUUUUCCUCGCAACCGACGUGCCUCGAAGUGUUGUUUUUCCUUGCGAGCUUUUUAGUUCCGCGCGGAACUGGCGUUACGUAGUACGAAUAGAGAAGAAGAGAGAAUGCUGUAUUUAAGUUGUUAGUUUUUCGAAUGAGAGAAAAUUAGCGAGGUGUGCGUUCCCACAGUCUCAUUAGCGAAACGGUACAUUGGUCCACGAUCGUCAUUUCCUCUCCCGCACUCACCAGAGAAAGAGCAAAGGAAAAAAAAAGAUGCAACAUUCCAAAUGUAUUCACGCUUCAUGGAGAAUUCUAAAGACCUCGAGGUACCGCCAUGUUCCGUGUGCGCGAGAGCCCUGACAGAGGAGACGAGGAGCGCGAACGUGCGCCGCAACGCAUCGCCGAAUCCGUCGAGAUACGCGCGGAAAUAAUUGAGCCAGAAUUUAAUGCAUUUAAUUAGAGGAACCGGUUCGCCUUCCUGUCUUCUUCCCUUCCCUGCUCCGGCUCUCCAGAGCCGGUUGCAGAAACAUUCUUUUUUUUUAUCAAGCUGAUAAGCAUCGAUUCCGCAAAUCUUAUGAAUUUUAUAAUUUAUUUGCCAAGUGCCAAGGGAGUCGAUCGCUUAUAUAUAUUCUGUAAGUUGCACGGCCGAGGGUAUAUCGUUUUAUUCGUAGCAAGCGGCUUGUGAGCUAUUAACCGAUUUGCAGCGUUACUGAUUCAUCGUAAAGGCCGCUUAUUUAAAUCGCGUUUUGCUAAUCUGCAUUUAAGAUAUCGCUUCCACAUUGCUUUCUCCCGCCGUACGAAGCUUUUACAAACAACAAAUGCGGCCUGCAAACUCGUCUGUCAUGACAAACGGAACAUGGCAUCGGGGUGAGAAACGAAGGUGCCAAAAAGAAAUAUAUCCCUCGCUACAAGCAUCAUGUAGAAAAUCGUCACACUCGUCACCAUCCGUUGCCUCAUGACAAUAAGGAUUUUAUUGUUCUCUGUAAAAUAUUGUAUAUAUAUAUGUGUAAAAUAUAAUGAAAGAGUUUGUGUGUGUUUUGUAGUAGCGAGCUUGACAUAAUGAAUUCAUUUAGGGUAAUUAAAAGGCGAUUAUUCAUUAAAAAGAUCAUGUUACACCAUAAAACGCCGGCGUGUCCCUAUCUUAUCGAACUCGUGUCGCAACGUGCACCAUGCUCGAAGACGUUGCAAUCGCGUAAUUAUAUUAAGUUCGAGUCGUUCAUCAUGAUUCUGCCGAUGAUUGAUCGAUCUGUCAGGCUGUGCGAAUCUGGUAGUCUGUUGUGUUUGGUGCAUCUGCAGUGUAUGUGCGUAUACGUAUGAGCAGUAAGUCUUUACGACUCGCGGGUGCGAAUCAGGACGAAGUAAAAGCAGCCUAAGCAAGCUGUGAAAUAUGUAAACCGAUCGCAUCUAUACAUGUACACAUAGCUUCGUCGAGUAUAUAACAAACCGCGCAAUUGUAUCGAGAGGAACACGAUAAAGAGAUGCAGUAGCAUCGCACACAAACACACACACACACACACACACAUACACACGCACACACGUACACACAUACACACAUUUGGUAUGAACCUUGUGUGCGCGCGCGCGCGUGAGGAGUGGUACAUAUAAGUUUUUUGUUAUUAAGUAUCAUUGAAUUUAUUGUAAUGAAAUACUCUUAAGUAACGAUCACGUAAUUAUUGCUAGAGAGAGUGUUAUUUAUUUUUAUUUGUUGCAAAUUUAUCGAUUGCCUUCCAUUUGAGUAAAAUAAAUAAAUAUAAAGUUA